AUGAACUCACAGCUAGGAGACGCUCAACGAACAUCUAAUGAAAUGGAUACUGAUAUUCUUCGAACAACUACAGUACUAGACGAUGAUUUUGCUCUAAAUCAAUUGGAUGAAUUCCCAGAAGCUAUUAGUAUGUUUGCAAAUAGUAUUGAAACAUUGAAUAAAGAUGUACAAUGUCUAAAUACUGAAUUACUUGAAUAUCAAAAUAAACUACAACAUUUAAAAGAAAAUGCUUCAAAUGUGAAAUUAGCUAUUGAAGCGGAAUGCGUGUCUUACGAAGCAGUGAUGUGA